UCUGCCACGAAUAUUCGCAGACUAGCGUCUCGCGUAAUUAACAGCCAAAUUGAUCCGCAUUCGUGCGAGCCACGCGUGUCCUCGUGUCAUUCAUGCAUCCGGAGAUUCUCAAACUGCACCCUCGAUCGCAGUUUCUAGGCAACAUGAUUCCGGCUCAGAUAUUCCGCCUAAUUCACACAAAUGGCCUGCUUUGGCAGGCCACAAAUAAAUCUCUGCUAGCUAAGCUGCGCAAGAAGACUGGCUACACAUUUGCAAACUGCAAGAAAGCUCUGGAACUAAACGAGAAUGAUUUGGAUAAGGCUGAGAAGUGGCUGAAAGAACAGGCACAGCAGUACGGUUGGACCCAGGCAGCCAAGCUGAAGGACCGCAGCACCAGCCAAGGACUGAUCACGGUGACAGUAGAUGGGAAUCAUGCCGCACUGGCCGAGAUUAACUGCGAGACUGAUUUCGUCGCGCGGAACAAGAAGUUCCAUAGUCUUGCAGAGGCAGUGAUCUCCGCUGUAUUGAACCAUGCAAAAUCCCAGGACGUUCAGAACGAAGUACAACGGACUAUUUUCCAUGCAGACAGUCUCAAAGACCUGCCAGCCGCAGACGGCAAGUCUCUGAGUGACCAUUCUGCCUUGACUAUCGGCAACGUAGGCGAGAAUAUCAGUCUGAGGCGCGCUCUCGCCAUCAGCGUACGAUCGCCGGAUGUGACACUGUUUGGCUGCACUCAUCCAGCACCGAUGAAUCCUAUACCUAUAUCCUUCGGCAAAUACGGCGCCCUUGUAGCCAUCAAGUGCGAGAACAACGAUAAUAUGCUGGGCACGCAGCUUUGCCAGCAUAUUAUUGGCAUGGAUCCGCAGAAAAUCGGUAACCCGCAGGUGGAUGAACCGCACGACAAUAUGGACGAGGAGCAGUGCAUGAUCUAUCAGGAAUUCCUGCUCGAUCCUAGUCUUUCUGUGCAGCAGUUGCUAACGGAAACGCAUGCUGAAAUCGUUGACUUCGCGCGUUUCGAGAUCGGUGAGGAACUUGACGAGGAGUCACCACUAAAGAGCGCUCAGACUUGCGGCUGAUGUCAAUUGCAAUGUCCGUAAAUAUCUGAUUGUUUCUUAUUAUCAACCAUUAAUAUUAAUUUUCACGAUAUUACUUUAAUUAUGAAAUCGAAGAAGAAUAGAGAUCGUGUGAACACAAAUUUUUAAAUUGUUUAUAUAUCUUUAACAACAAACGUUUAUAAAACGAUAUUACAAAAACAAUAGGCAACUAAGAGCUAGUACACAGUUAUUAUUAAUGUACGUUACAAUUCUUCUUUAUUCUUCACCUAUACAUAUAUUUCCGACGUUUCGGCUGCUUUUUUCAGCCAUUUUCAUGGUAUAACAUUAGGCUUAAUAAUCCAAAAAUUUUAAUGCAAUUGUUCUGAAUGUAGGCGCAAUUAGUCAAGCCAGAGUAAUUCUCCAUUUGAUCAUGCGAACGGCUCUUCUUAACAAGUCAAGAUUUGUAAGAUCAACCAAUCUUACAUGAUCAAAUGACUGAAAAAAGCAACUGAAACGUCGGAAAUAUGUACAGGUGAAGAAUAAAGAAGAAUUGUAACGUACAUUA